AUGGCCAACUUCUCUCAUAUCUUCCUUCUCCUCUUCACAUUUUUGGUUCCUAAAGCUUUAGCAAUAACCAAUUAUACGGUCGGAGAUAAGAGUGGUUGGACCACUGGAGUUGACUUCUCGUCUUGGACUAUUGGCAAAACCUUCUUUGUUGGCGAUAAUCUCAUAUUCAAGUAUGAGAAAGGGAAGCACAACGUCUUAGACGUGGACGUCUCCUCGUUCUCGCAGUGCACUACGCCAAAAGACAAGCAGCCAAUGGUUACCGGAAACGAUGUCGUUUUAUUGACUACUCCCGGAAUCAAAUGGUUCAUUUGUACCAUUGCCGACCACUGUAACUCCGGCCAAAAGCUUGUCAUUUCAGUGGAGUCGACCCCGCCGCCCAUCCCCACACAGGCUCCUCCAACGCCGCCCGCCGACGGACAGGAUCCUCCACCGCCGUCGUCUCUUCCACCGGCGAUCUCCCCCUCUCUGCCGCCACCGCCACCGCCGCCACCCGCCUCUCCUCCUUCAAUGCCACCGCCUGGUCGGAACCAAACUGCCCCACGUCUACCAAUCGCUCCAACUCCAACCGUAAACAUCCCACCAUUGGAAUCCCCUGUUUCAAGCCCCACCGCUGCUGCUCCGCCGCCGUCCGGAGCUGCCGCGAAAUCCACUGUUUCCGGCUAUCUUGGGUUUUUGGCAGUGGCGAUUGGCGUUCUUGCUGGGAUUAUGAUAUAA